AGGUUUAAAUAAUAUGUAAAAGCUUAUGAAGAUAAAUCAGCGUUCGCUAUGUGCAUCUUCUCUCUUGCUCUUGGACCUGGAGAGGAACCAAUCACAUUUGUUGGCAAAACUGCGGGAAAGAUCGUGCCUGCUAGAGGCCCUAACGAUUUUGGGUGGGAUCCUGUGUUCCAGCCAGAUGGUUUUGAACAAACAUAUGCUGAGAUGCCCAAGUCAGUGAAGAACGAAAUAUCUCACAGAGGGAAAGCUCUUGCUCUGGUGAAAGAACACUUCGCAUCUGCUAGCUAUAUAGUUCAGAGCGACGACUCAGCUUAAAGUUUGACUUGGAUUCCUAGACGAAUGAACUGUCAUUCUGGAAUGUAAACUGAACUACUACUUUUA